UCCCAGUGCAAAUGCACGGCCACUUUCUCUCUCCUCUCUCAGCUCUUGUGUUUAGGUUUCGCCCACCAAUCUUUAAGGAUUUGUCCACCAAAUGUGCUGAUUGUUGUGGACUCUGGGAAAGAAAGAAGACACAAAUCUUUACAGAAAGAUUUCACCCAAACAGAGUCGUUUUGUUUUUGUUUUGUUUUUUUGUGCUGGGUUGCAGAUUCCAGAGAGCUGCAGGACCAGUGACGGAGACAGAGAGGGAGCGAGAGACAGACUUGGUGGCGUAGCGAAGGAGACGGACAUCAGUGGACACGGAAAGAGGAAAGAGCGUGAAGCAGGAGCCCUUCAGCAGGCCUUGUCCUAGGGAAAACCCUCACAGUCGCAGAAGUUCUGUGAGUCCUGGCUAAUGAUGUCCUAUGAAGCUCUGCACUGGAGCUGAUGUUCCCGAUCAGCGGAGGACUCCGGAGGCAAGGCUGGGUGACUCCGGAGCGGACUGAGGAACUGCAGAGACCCGCUCCUGUACCGGGAAUCCACUCUGAUCACCUCGAUCCCUUCCUCCUUCCCUUUACAAUCCCUGCAAUCUCCUCUGUCAGGCUUUCCCCUGAACCAUAUUAGUGCAGUUACCAUGUCCAGCCGAAGAAAGUCCUUUACUCCCUGCAUGGUCUCUGUUACUGAUGUGGAAAUGGGUGGCCAUAUGGAAAUGGCUACCGUGGACAACGAAUUGGUGGAGGACAGACCAUGUUCUCGGCAGCUCUUAGACAUGCAUCAAGAUUCAAGGCAAUGUAUGGCUGAGGAGGAUGAGGAGGUUCAUGUGGAAGGGACAGGAGAUAAGAUGGAAGAGACGUCCUCCACCCCACAGAUACAACAGAGUAGGGGCUACCAGUGUAAGUACUGCUCCUACUCUACCCAGAAUCUCAGCGACUUCAAAGAGCAUGUGUACUCCACGCACCCCAAUGUCAUUCUGAACCCCCUGUACCUGUGUGCUGUCUGCAACUUCAGCACCAAGAAAUUUGACUCUCUCACAGAACACAAUGAAACAGAGCAUCCAAGUGAGAGUAAUUUCAAGUUCAAGCGGAUCAAACUUGACAAUCAGACUGUUCUAGAGCAAACCAUUGAGAAUGAAGAUGACUCAAACUCUCCAGAAUCUAAGCUUAUGCAAGAUAAUGAUGAUGCCUUUGAAUUUUUACCCUCGUGCCCAUCAACAGUGCAGAAUGUUGAAGAUGCAAUCUUUAAAAAUGCAAAUGAGGCAGAGAGUAAUUUAGAUCAUCUGUUGUUAAAGGAUCAGAUCACGGCAGUGAAUGUAAAUGGAACAAUCAUUAUACCUGAGCCCAUGAUGCUAGAGGGGCUCUCCCAUGUCAUGCCUCUUUUGCAGCGCCCCCCGAACCUGAGCUCCAUUCCAACAAUUGCUGUUCCUCUGAACACUAGCAAGUACAAUCCGUUAUUGGACACCAACUCUACACUUAUUACAUCCUUCAAUAAAUUCCCUUAUCCAACUCAUGCCGAACUUUCCUGGCUCACUGCUGCUUCCAAGCACCCUGAAGAGCAGAUCAAGGUGUGGUUCACCACCCAGCGGCUCAAACAGGGGAUCACCUGGUCACCAGAAGAAGUGGAAGAAGCCCGCAAGAAGAUGUUUAAUGGCUGCAUGCCUCCUGCUCACCACACAUUCACCGUUUUGCCUACGCCUGUGAGCGAACCAGUUGCCACCAGCCAGUCUGUUGCACCAGCAGUGUCCUGCCAUGUUUCUGGACAGUUCACCCAGUUACUUGCUACCACUGCAAAUGGAACUUCUGGUGCCUGUACGACUGUCACUGUGACAACAGUUACUAAUAUGCAUAAUCUUAAGCGCCCUUUGGGAACAUCAUUGGUGGCCCAGGAUGUAAAGCGCCCCAUGAUUCCCACAGAUGAACUCAAAGAAAAGCUACGCAUGGCACCUCCACCAGUCCCACCCCUAUCCAUGGCUCCUCCUCCUGUACCCCUAGACAGUAAGAGAUCCAUGCUCCCACCUUUGAUUACAACAGACAUGAAACGACCUGUCGUUACCCCUUAUGCUUUGCCCAAGGGGAAAAUGCCAAUGGUCUUUCCACUGGCAGCCCCUAAAGAUAAGAUAACCAUGGCUCCCCCUCCAUUGCUACCCAGAGAUAGACUACCUAUGGUUCCCCUAGUUUCAGCUGAUAUUAAGAGGUGUACAGUUCCCCAGCAAAUGAGAAAUCAAGCUUCUGCCUUUUCUGUCAUUUCUAAAGAGAAACUGUCACUUUUACCUACUGACGUAAGCUUACCCAUGGUGCCCAAAUUGGUGACUUCUCAAGUGAAAAGACCACCAAUCAUUCAGACUGCAAGGGCCCCACCUGUUGCCCCAAACAUGAUCCCCACUUUCUCUCUGGAGAGUAAACCACUAGAGCCAUCAGUGGAGCAAAAGCCCACACGCUCAGAGAGUCGACCCACAGAGAGUCAGAAUGGCAAUAAUAGAGUCCCCUGUGGGGAUGGUAAAAAAUGGUUUUCUGAUCAGAGUGCACUGGCCCAUAAUGGUUUACGGCACUUAAAUAAUAAUUUUGCUCCAAAGGAGCGUCCAAAAACAGUCCCAACCCAGUUCCCUCUCCUGGAAAGACUGAAGGGGAAAACUGCUGAGCAGCUAAAGGUUUUAGAAGAGAGUUUUCAGAGGAAUAGUUUCCCAUCACAUAAUGAGGUUGACCACAUUGCAAUCACCACAAGACUCUCCAGAGAGGAGAUUGACAGCUGGUUCUCAGAAAGAAGAGCCCUUCGAGACAACUUGGAAAAAGCCCUUCUAAACUCCAUGGGGUCCAAGAGGACUGACAUUGCAGAGAGAAGAUCACUUUCACAGCACCAGCAUGCUUUGCUAAAUGGAGUUUACAAACAAGGUGGGCUACCCAUCUGCCCUCUGCCUCCCAUUAUUGCCCCCACCUCGUCAUCUGUGCCUAUGGACAGGAAGUCCCUAAACCUUCUUAAAGAUGUCUUUGUCCAAACACGGUGGCCUUCUCCCGAAGAAUACAGUUAUCUGGAGGCACAGACAGGUUUGGCUCGUACUGACAUUGUCAGAUGGUUUAAAGACAGCCGUCUGUCUCUGCGCAGUGGAACUGUAGAGUGGAAGGAGCUGUUCCACAAGCUAAGUGGCAGCGAGUCGAAUGGCCGGCUGAUCUCAGAUCAGCUGUGCAAUGUCACUCUGCCAAGCCAGAAGACGCCUACAGCAGAGUGCGCCAAACUAAGCAGCCAAGAGAUCAAAGAGUGGUUCAACAACUCACUGGGCCAGCGUGGGCCCAUGGUGGGGCGGAACGGAGGUCAGAAUGGAGGCAGCGUGGAGAAGUGUGGAGGCUGGAUAGAAGAAGCAGUGGGGACUAAGAUGGCAUCGCGAGAGCUGGUCUCAGACACAGAUUAGGGCACAAGAACAAGAUGGGCAGGAAAAGAGGGGUAGGAACUGCUGCCGCUGUCAUUUUGCACAGAAAUGGAUGAAAAAAAAAAAGAAGAAGAACAAGAGAGGUCUACUCUGAGAUGUAUUUUUGGAACCAGUGAUUUUGCUCUUGCCCUUUUCCACUGCACCAGCUAACACAUGGCACCAGAAAGAAGCAGAAGGUGCCUGGUCAUAGCGUGUUGUCCUGAUCUGCAGUGGUGAUUGUGAAACCCUACUUGGUGCUUCAGGUGGUUUGAAGCAGUGAUGGACGGGGUGAAUGCAUGGAGGAGAUUAAGACCAUCGAGUGCCAAAGCUGGAUUUGCUGCAUAACUACUCUUUACGAAAAAGGUUCUUGUAAAUAUUUUUUUUCUGUACUGCUACAGAUUUGUACAAUUUUGCCGGGAACUUUUGUUACAUUUUAUAAUGGGCGUGAGAGGGCCCCCAGAUUUUGCUCUAGCUGGUCCUUUCAGUGGACACGUUCUACAUUUUUUUGUAACAACACCAUGCACCACUACAGGCAUUGGCAAUAUAUCAAACGGAUGUUCAUUACAGUUUGUCUUUGGAGGGACUUCUUCAAAUCAGUGCAUUUACUGACUGUUUCAAGGUGCUGUUAAACUUUCUGGAUAUUACAUGCCGUUGCUUUUGCUAUAUUUACAGUUCUUACAGCGUGAUAUUUUGCAACAACAGUUUAAAAAAAAAGAAAAAAAAAAGGACAAAAAUCACAUUGCUGUUAAACAAACCGGUGGAAAAAUCUGCAAAUCUGUUUUGUCCUGUACAGGAAAAGAAAACACUCACUCGCCAGCGUUUAUCUGUGAUAGUUCAACUCCGACUGUAGAAACAAUUAACCCGGUACCAGAUACACUUUCCAUAUUUACUGCUUCUGUAAUGUCAGUGUCACAUAUAUUAGAAAUACUUUACUUAUACCAAGGUCCUGCUUACUACUCUCCAAAAGACAGAUGUUGUCUGCUGUAAUCCAAUAAAACACAGCCUACCUAAAAAAAAAUGUUUUGUGGAAGUUGUAUCUCUUUGAACCAAAUGCUCUGAAUAUAAUAAGAUACUUUUUAAGCACUGUUCCGUGGUUUGUCCAGCAGCCAAGGAUACUGUGCCAUGCUGCCCAGUUCCGUUUCCCAACCCAGCCACUGAGGGGUUCAUGCUCAGUGCUGGUCCCAAUCCCGGAUAAAUUGGGAGGGUUGACAGAAGAAGUUCAUCAGGCGUAAAACCCGUGCCAAAUCCAAUGUGCUGAUUGGUUUGUCCGCUUUGCAACCUCAAACAGGGAGAAGUUAAUGUACUUAAGCACAGUUUCCUAACUCCACAUACACCUGAUCUGAUCUCAGUUUUUAAGGACAUCACAAGCUAAGUGAGGUGUAUUGGGAGUUAGGAAACCAUGGAACGCUACAGAGAUGAGGGUUCCCAAGACUGGAGAAAGAUUGAGAAACCCAGAAUUAAUGUUGAAGAUUACUUGUGCUUUGCAACAUCUUGACCAGGGGUCAUUAACUUGGAAGUGCAGUCUGGACGCAGACCCAGAAAGUUUUUUUGGUGGACCCGAAUCAAUUACAGAAACUGAUUGAAAAACUGCAGUUCAAUGACUCUGGCUUUACAAAUCACAAACCAUUACCAGUUUCUGUAGUAAAUCCUCUAUUGCGUUUUAUCCAAUCUAAUACAUUAAUUUGAACUAUUUAACCCAAACUAGCUGAUCAGGUAUAGGGCAAGAAACAUAAGUUCAUUUAAUUAAUAGACUUACGGAUGUUUUUGCAUUUUAUUAACCUUUAGUGAUCUGAAAGAAGUUGACGAUAAAAACUGAAUGUUUAAAAACGACUGGGAAAAGAAUGUAUGUGUUUUUUUUUUCUCUACAUUAUAUUCAAAAUGAAAGUCGCUUAUUGCACUGGUCAAACUUGCUAACAAGAAUCGAUAUUAUAUAAUAAAACUUAACCAAUUUAAAUGAUAUUUUUCAUAGCCAUAAGCAUUAAUCUGAUCUGUUGCCUGCGUUCGGUCAGGUUAGUUGUUUAGCCAGACCUUUUUGUAAGCAAGAAAUGUUAUGUUUCCGGACCUUUAUCAAAUUUUGAUUCACCUGCUGAUAAGGUUUGGUUUUGAUGUCUUAAAAUUAGCCAAGAAUAACAUAUACUGAGUAGUAAAGAAAUGUUCUGCUUUGCUCUCUGACUUGCUUGUUAGCCUGAAUAGAUGACUAUGUGGAUUGUUGCGCUUUUUCUUAUCUAUUCUGAGCCUUUAUCUAUCACAUAUAUAUUACAGUUGAUAUUACAGUUGAUGUUGAUUGUAUCCACAUACAUUUAAAAGCACAAUUUGAUGCAUGUGACUUUAUGCCUGAUGCUUUUGGUGUGUUUUAAUGCAAGGCCCAGCAUCUGAAGUCACCUCUCACGUUUGUCAGCAGGUGUUGACGUCAUGAGAAAAUAUGUGUAUAGGUUGUCAUGCCUCCUGAGAAUUUCACUGGAAAAUAGAAAAGAAUAGAGCUAGAGUGCCUGGCAGACAUUAAGUUUGGCACAAGAGUAAAAAUUGAUUUUGAAUGUCAAAUUCCCAUAGAGUUUUCAUCUUGGCCCAAAUAAGCAGCCCUCGAAUAUCCGAAUGGUACUAGAAUGUGGUUAUUGGGGCAGAAUACAGAAAUCAAACAGUGGGAGAAUUUUUUUUUUUUUUGCAGGUUUACAGUGUGGUACAGAGAGUAACAGAGCAGCCAGCACCAGAAUCCGAGCUUAUCCAGAGUGUAUUGCUAAAUACUUUAUGGAAGAGCCAGUCCCUGUUUCGCACUGCUCACACUCUGCAUGCUGGAAGUGGUUUUUUUGGGAAACACUCCACAAUCUUCUUUAUCAGGAUGAUCAGAGAACUCAAUGAAACAAUAGCUCAGUGUACUCCAUCUGCUUUGGUGUGUGUGUACAUGCACCAGGGAGCAAGAGAAAGAAUUCCAACCUCCUCCACCCCACACAGACCUUCACACGGAUGAAUCGACUGCAGUUUCUUACUCAAAACACACCCAACAGACACCAGUAUCUAUCUCUCUUCUGUGAAUGUAAUCCUAAUUAAACGUAUCUGCUCGUCUACCUAAUGUCACAAAGCAUGGUCUAUAGAGCAUCUGAAUAAAGGAUAAAGUUUUAUAACGGGCCCAUUUUGGCACUCUGCCUGUUACUAAGCAAUGAAGGCCAGCCAUAAGAAAACGUGUUUGUAAGUCACAUCAAAUUAUUUUCUUUUUCUUUUUAGCUUAUGGGAGGAAUAAUGUAUCACAAUACACUGAUUUCAAUUAAGUCUUUGGAUUUUGGAUCAUUGUGGGACGAUUAAGUGGGUGUGGCCUCCAAUCUCGUGGAGUCUGUUAUACUGUGUGAUAUUUUGAUUAACCUCAAGUGCUCCCUGAGGUCAUAGAAAUGAGACCAUGUCCUGUUAGAGCUAUGUGUGUCAAUUCGGAGGCCGGGUACCCCGAAGGGGCUAUCAUUUCUUUAAUUUUAUUACAUUUGUGGAAUUGGAGCCAUUCUACCGUUAUAAAAUCUUUUAUAUUUAUUAUUUCUUUAUUAUUAUUAGCUUGUUUGACCAGUCACGGUAUAAAUUUAAAAAAGAACAGUAAGUCUAAAUAACGUGAGUAUGUGUAUUGUAAUCAAAAGAGUUGUUACCGUAGACAUUUUCAACAAAUAGCCAUAGCUGAUAUAAAAUAUUUUUGUACUUUUAAAUAAUGUCUUAUAUAUGGUUUGAGAGUCUCUGCCCUAUAGAUUCAGCAACAGCUGGUGUGAAAUCUGUUGUACACUUUGUUAAUAAAGCUUCCUAAUGAAACUGGAU